AUGGUGUUCGUAAUGUGGGCGAUUAGGCCAAAAGGCGAGACGUAUGACAUCACAAAUGAAUAUGAGCGUGUACCAACAAUGUUCAGCAUAAAGCUACACCAUGGUGGAAAUUUUACGAAGCUUCCAAACACGAAAUAUGUUAAAGGUGAAGUGCGAUAUAUUGAUUUAGUAGACAUUGAUGAGUUCUCAGUUCAUGAACUAGACGCAAUGAUGCUAGAGCUAGGUUACUCUGUACCCCCCAGAAAGCAAAAAGUUAUUAUUAAGGAGCUCUGUGAUGGUGAUCUUCCAAAAGAAGCAAAUGUACCUCAAGUACCAGCAAAGGAUAAAACCCCAAUGAUAGAUGAAGCUAAUGAUCAAACACAGUGGCAGGUAGAAGAUCAAGGUGGUGAUCAUGCUAAAUUGGAUGAUGUUGUACAAGAUCAAGGUGGUGAGAAUCCUAAAUUAGAUGAUGUGGUACAAGAUCAAGCUGGUGAGCAUGCUAACAUGAAUGAUGUGGUUCAAGAUCAAGAGGUUGAGCAUGCUAACAUGGAUGAUGUGGUACAAGAUCAAGGUGGUGACCAUGAUAACUUUGAUUAUGAUGAAUUUCAUUAUGAGAACUUUUCUCAUGAUCACUUUGAUCCUUUUGAUGGAGAACAUUAUCAACCACCAGAAGAUGAGAAUGUUGAAGACCAUCAGUCUGAACAUGAAAAGUCUGCUGACAGUGAUGAUCUUAGGCAACAAUCAGAAGAACAAUAUAAUGAACUUGUUGAUAAUGAAAACAAUGUAUCAGAAGUGGAGGUGGAUAUGACUGACUUUAACCUCAAUCUUGAUAAGGAUUAUGGUUGUGUUCAAAUGGAUGGGUUGCAUAACGGGGUUGGGACAAAUGAUGAACAUGAGGACAUAGAAGUCAUUGACAAUGAUAGAUGGGAUUCUUUAGAUGAAGGGUCAGAAGAUGAAAGGAAAAGAAGAUGUGUUCUUAAAAAUCUAGCUAAGGAGAAAAGAUGUAGUCUUGGCAAUGUCCAUAAGGCCAGUUUUUAUGUUGGGCAAAAGUUUAAAUCAAAGAAAGAAUUGAAAGAAAAAAUUGACAUGCACACACUAGAAACUAGGAGGAAUUUAUAUUAUAAAAAGAAUGACAAGAUUAGACUUCGAGCAUUGUGUAGAGGUGUAGUCCCUUUCAUCAAUGCAAGUGGGGUGGUUGGCCUUAAUCCCAAAAAUAAAACCAAGGGCAAAGAGGAGGCAUGUGAAUGGCUUAGAAAGAUUCCUCCAAAACACUGGGCAAGAAGCCAUUUUACAGGCAGAGCAAUCUCUGAUAUACUGUUAAACAACCUUUGUGAGGUAUUUAACAGCAAGAUAAUAAAGGGAAGAGAUAAGCCUAUCAUAGGUUGUUUGGAGUAUAUUAGACAAUACCUGAUGAAGAGAAUCUGUAAUGUUAUGAAGGUGAUGGACAAGGCAAAAGGGCCUUUAACACCCACUGCAACAACCAUAUUGGAUGUAAACAAGUCUCAUGCAUCACAUUACAUUGCUAGGUGGAAUGGGGGUGAGAAAUACCAAGUCACUGGGGCAUGGCAAGACCAACAUGUUGUAGAUGUUAGGAACAACACAUGUACUUGCAGGAAGUGGGAGCUAAUAGGCAUCCCAUGUAAACAUGUCAUUGCAACCCUUUAUGAAAUGACCAAGAACUCAGAGGAUGUUGGUGACAUUUACAGGUGGGUCAAAAAGGUAUAUUGGUUGGAUACAUGA